GAAAAGUUGGACAAGAUAAAAUAUAUUCAGUCUUCAAACUAGGAAGAUCAACAAAGCAGAAAAUGUACAAUUUUGAGGACGAGUUAACAUGUCCCAUUUGUUAUAGUAUUUUUGAAGAUCCUCGUGUACUACCAUGCUCUCAUACAUUUUGUAGAAACUGCUUGGAAAAUGUUCUUCAGGCAUCUGGUAACUUUUAUAUAUGGAGACCAUUACGAAUUCCACUAAAGUGCCCUAAUUGCAGAAGUAUUAUUGAAAUUGCUUCAACUGGUAUUGAAUCUUUACCUGUUAAUUUUGCAUUAAGGGCUAUUAUUGAAAAGUACCAGCAAGAAGAUCAUCCAGAUAUUGUCACUUGCCCUGAACAUUACAGGCAACCAUUAAAUGUUUACUGUUUACUAGAUAAAAAAUUAGUUUGUGGUCAUUGCCUUACCAUAGGCCAACAUCAUGGUCAUCCUAUAGAUGAUCUUCAAAGUGCCUAUCUGAAAGAAAAGGACACGCCUCAAAAACUGCUGGAACAGUUAACUGACACACACUGGACAGACCUUACUUGUCUUAUUGAAAAGCUGGAAGAAGAAAAAUCUCAUUCGGAGAAAAUGGUUCAAGGUGAUAAAGAAGUUGUUCUCCAGUAUUUUAAGGAGCUUAGUGAUAUAUUAGAACAGAAAAAAAAAAAUUUCCUAACUGCUCUCUCUGAUGUAGGCAGUCUGAUUAAUCAAGAAUAUACUCCACAAAUUGAAGGAAUAAGAGAAAUGAGGAAGCAGCAGCUUGAAUUAAUGACAUUGACAACAUCUUUACAAGAAGAGUCUCCACUUAAAUUUCUUGAAAAAGUGGAUGAUGUUCGUCAGCGUGUGCAGAUCUUGAAGCAAAGUCCACUUCCCGAGGUCCAACGUAUUGAAAUUUAUCCUCGAGUAAGCCAAGUAUUGAAAGAAGAUUGGAGCAUAACAGAAAUUGGACAAAUUAAGAAACUUCUCAUUCCUGAAAUGAAAAUUUCUUCAACCAGGAUGCCUUGUUCCUGGCCUGCUGAUGAAAAGGAAGUUGAAUUUUUUAAGAUUCUAAAUAUUGUUAUAGUUACACUGAUUUCAGUGAUACUGAUGUUGAUUCUCUUUUUUAACCAACACAUAAUAACCUUUCUAAAUGAAAUCACUUCAAUGUGUUUUUUUGAAGUCUCUCUAUCUGUUUACCAAAGUUUAUCUAACAAUCUGCACAGUUUAAAGAAAAUGCUAUAUCACACUUUAUAUUUACUGAAGGAAUUCAUGUGGAAAAUAGUCUUUCGUUGAAAAUGCAAAUCUAAAUUCAUAUAGGCUUUUUCUAAACAGGGACUAACAACCAUUGCUAAAUGGAGAAAUUGGGGUUGCAUGGAUAAAUAAAAUAGCAAACUAAACUUUAUUAGAAUUGCAACAAAUAUAUAGAAAUAUUUUAAACCUUUCAUGUUUCUGUUGGAUAGAAAUGUGUCAGAAAUGAAGCAGUGUCUCUGGUUUUCGAUCUAAAAUCUAGUUGAUUUGAGUAUUAUCCUUUUUCAUGGAUUUGAGAGGUUGACUUAAUAUUGCUGUGGCAUUUAAACAUUGUUUUGCCAAUAUUGUCUUUUAGCAUUAAUAUGGCUGUAGUGAUUGACUUUGCAGUUCUUCACACAUAGUAGUUUUUAGAAUAAAAGAUGGUAAAAUCUGGAAAGUACCUAUGCACUUAUUUUUGAUGUGGCUUCUUUUGCAUGGGCAAAUAAGAAUGGUGAGGUUUUAAAAUCAAGCAGCAAAGUCUAAAAUGAUAAGGGGUUGCUUAAAGAUGCUUUUGAUCAAACAAACUGGAUCCACACAUUGUUUUAGAUGGAUUUAAGAGCCUUAAGAUGUUGAUCAACAUUCAUUUCUAAUAAUGCUAUUGCUUUUGAAAAUGUGUUGUUAGGGAACAAACAGCAACAUUUCCUAAGAAAGUAUUCUGUGGUUUGUGUUACUUUAGGAUUAUAUUUAACUUUUGUGUAGUGUUUAGUUGCCAACUAAGUUCUUGGAUAAAAAAUUUUUGAAAUGUUA